AUGUCGCCCUUUUGGAAGACCGUCCUCUGCUUGACGCUGUUUGCGGCAUGGCGGUCGCAGGUCGAGUUCAGGUCAAUGACCUCGCGCCGCCCGCUUGACUGCGCCCAACGUUGCCCUUGCAGCGGCGAGAGCUACCUCCACCACCAACACCACCACCAACCUUACACUUACAGCCACGCGCAAGCACCCGAGCCCAUGCUUGCCACGGCGAGACGCUUUGCCGAGGCGCCUCCAGGUGGUGACUCGGUGGUAGGCGGCGAUGCGAAGGCGUCGAGCCAGCUGCGUCUCGCCAGGGAGGUCGGCCUCCGGGCGGCAGCCGGCAGGGGAAGCAACUUCAUCGUCUCGCCGUUGUCCAUCCACGCGGCGCUGGCGCUGGUGGCCGCCGGCGCGCGCGGCGAAACGCUCCAGGAGCUCCUGGGCUUCCUCGGGUCAGCGUCCCUCGACGAGCUGCACGACGCGGCGUGGUUGGGGCUCGUUGGCAAGCUCAACGGCCUGACGCAGACGUCCUUCGCCUGCGGCGUGUGGGUCGACCGGGGGCACGAGCUGCAGCCGGAGUUCAUGGCCACCGCCGCGUCCAGGUACGCCGCCACCGCGGAGUCCGUUGAUUUUAUUGGAAGCAGUCAAGCAGAGAAGGCGAGGCGGCGAGUGAAUGCCUUCGUGGAGGACGCGACGAACGGGCUUGUCCGCGACGUCCUCCCUCCGGGCUCCGUCGACUCGACCACGGUGGUCGUCCUCGCCAACGCGCUCUACUUCAAGGGGACGUGGGCGCAGCCGUUCGACCAGUCGGCGACCUUUACCGCGCCGUUCCACACCCCGGACGGCAGCGUCGUGCGCGUGCCGUUCAUGACCACGGGACGGGUCGACUUCGAGCGGCAGGUCGCCGCCUACCCUGGAUUCCGGGCCCUCAAGCUGCCCUACAAGAUCGACUACGGCGACCACCACGCACCGCCCGCGCAAGCUGCAUUCUACAUGCUCAUCCUUCUCCCGGACGAUGGCGACAGCCUUGCCGAUCUCUACGACCAGGCGGUCGCGACGCCGGAGUUCAUCAAGAGCCACACGCCGGCAUACGAGGUCCCGGCCGGGCGGUUCAUGGUCCCGAAGUUCAAGUUCACCUUCGAGUUCGAGGCGUCGGAGGACAUGCAGAAGCUUGGAGUCGCCAGGGCUUUCGGAGGCGGCGACUUCUCGGCCAUGGUGAGCGGCGGGGAUGGGCUCUUCAUCUCCGGGGUGUACCAUAAGGCCACCAUCGAGGUGGACGAGGUGGGCACCGUCGCCGCCGCAGCAACGGUCGUGGUCAUGCAGCAGAGUGGAAGCGCGCUGCCUCCGGUGGAUUUCGUGGCGGAUCGGCCCUUCUUGUUCGCCAUUGUCGAGGAGAAAACCAGCGCGGUGCUGUUCCUUGGCCAUGUCGUCAACCCGGCCUCUCGCUGA